GCGCGCGCCGACGGGGCGGGCGCAUGCGCAGGGGGGCGCGCCGCAUCUGCCCCGCGGCGAGGGUGUCUAUGGAGAGGCGGAGGCCGCGGCUGCUGAGGCGGAGGUUGAGGCCGCGGCGAUGGCGCCCUUCCCCGAAGAAGUGGACGUCUUCACCGCCCCGCACUGGCGGAUGAAGCAGCUGGUGGGGCGCUACUGCGACAAGCUUUCUAAAACCAACUUUUCCAACAACAAUGAUUUUCGUGCUCUUCUUCAGUCUCUGUAUGCUACUUUUAACGAGUUCAAAAUGCAUGAGCAGAUUGAAAAUGAAUACAUCAUUGGUUUGCUUCAGCAACGCAGCCAGACCAUUUAUAAUGUACAUUCUGACAAUAAACUCUCAGAGAUGCUUAGCCUGUUUGAAAAGGGCCUGAAGAACGUGAAGAAUGAAUACGAGCAGUUAAAUUAUGCAAAACAGCUGAAAGAGAGAUUGGAGGCUUUUACUAGAGAUUUCCUUCCUCACAUGAAAGAGGAAGAGGAGGUUUUCCAGCCUAUGCUGAUGGAAUAUUUUACUUAUGAAGAGCUUAAGGAUAUUAAAAAGAAAGUGAUUGCACAGCAUUGCUCGCACAAGGAUACUGCAGAGCUGCUCAGAGGUCUUAGUCUGUGGAAUCAAGCUGAAGAGCGACAGAAGUUUUUUAAAUAUGCUGAGGAUGAAAAGUCAGAUAAAGAAACGGAUGUUUCAGAACACUCUACAGGUAUAAGCCAUCUUCCUCCAGAGGUAAUGCUGUCAAUUUUCAGUUAUCUUAAUCCUCAAGAAUUGUGUCGAUGCAGUCAAGUAAGCACUAAAUGGUCUCAGAUGGCAAAAACGGGAUCACUAUGGAAACAUCUUUACCCUGUUCAUUGGGCCAGAGGUGACUGGUAUAGUGGUCCUGCAGCAGAACUUGAUACUGAACCUGAUGAGGAAUGGGUGAAGAACAGAAAAGAUGAAAGUCGUGCUUUUCAGGAGUGGGAUGAAGAUGCUGACAUAGAUGAGUCUGAGGAGUCAGCAGAGGAAUCGAUUGCUAUCAGCAUUGCACAAAUGGAAAAACGUUUACUCCACGGCUUAAUUCAUGAUGUUCUCCCAUAUGUUGGUCCUUCUGUAAAAACUUUAGUAUUAGCCUACAGCUCUGCAGUUUCGAGCAAAAUGGUUAGGCAGAUUUUAGAGCUUUGUCCUAAUCUGGAGCAUCUGGAUCUUACCCAGACAGACAUUUCAGAUUCUGCAUUUGACAGUUGGUCUUGGCUUGGUUGCUGCCAGAGUCUUCGGCAUCUUGAUCUGUCUGGAUGUGAGAAAAUCACAGAUGUGGCUCUCGAGAAGAUCUCCAGAGCUCUUGGAAUUCUGACAUCUCAUCGGAGUGGCCUUUUGAAAACUUCGAAAAGCAAAAUUGCUUCGACUGCAUGGAAAAAUAAAGACAUUACAUUGCAGUCUACCAAGCAGUAUAUGUGUUUGCACGAUUUAACUAACAAAGGCAUUGAAGAAGAAAUUGAUAAUGAACACCCCUGGACUAAGCCUGUUUCUUCUGAAAAUUUCAGUUCUCCUUAUGUGUGGAUGCUAGAUGCUGAAGAUUUGGCUGAUAUUGAAGAUGCUGUAGAAUGGAGACAUAGAAAUGUUGAAAGUCUUUGUGUAAUGGAAACAGCAUCCAACUUUAGUUGUUCCACCUCUGGCUGUUACAGUAAGGAUAUUGUUGGACUAAGGACUAGUGUCUGUUGGCAGCAGCAUUGUGCUUCUCCUGCCUUUGCGUAUUGUGGCCAUUCAUUUUGUUGUACAGGAACUGCUCUAAGAACUAUGUCAUCCCUCCCAGAGUCCUCUGCAUCAUGUAGAAAAGCAUCAAGGACUAGAUUGCCUAUGGGAAAAGACUUAAUUUACUCUGGGAAUGAAAAAUCUGAGCAAGAGACUGGACGGGUACUUCUCUUUCUCAGUCUGUCAGGAUGUUAUCAGAUCACAGAUCAUGGUCUCAGGGUUUUGACUCUGGGAGGAGGACUGCCUUAUUUGGAGCACCUUAAUCUCUCUGGUUGUCUUACUGUAACUGGUGCUGGCCUGCAGGAUUUGGUCUCAGUGUGUCCUUCUCUAAAUGAUGAAUACUUUUACUACUGUGACAACAUUAACGGUCCCCAUGCUGAUACCGCCAGUGGAUGCCAGAACUUGCAGUGUGGUUUUCGGGCCUGCUGCCGCUCUGGCGAGUGACUCUUGACUUCUCACCUGUGUCUACUUCAUUUACUGAGCAGGCUUCCUUUCAUGCACUUUACUUGUAGCACAUUUCUGGUGUUAACCAUCCCUUCCUGAGGGUGACUUGUCUUGGCCCUAUUUCUUACAACCUCAGAAAUUGGAACUCACCAGUCAAUUGUAUAGAGUUGCUUCUCUUGCACACCCUAUUGUUGUUGCAUAAGGGGAUGAGGUUUUCUUUAUAAGGAUGAGAACACUUGUAACAGAUUUCUUUUAAAUGAAGAUAAAAUCCUUGGAAAAGAAUGUCACUAAUGCCAUGCCACUUAAAGUAUUUUUCAGAUUUUCUUGAGUUUGAAAGUCAGGAGAUUAUUGGUUCUCUUUCCACAUAAACACUGUACCAGGCUUUGCAGGUUUUUCAGAUGUACAUUUUGGAAGGUUUAUUUUCAGAGACCGUACAUUGGGGAAACCGGUCUCUCUCAUAAUGUUUCCUUUUUUUGAACAAUUCUCAGAGGGCCAAUACAAGCAUACCACACUUAAGAUUCUUGAAGAUUCUAGAAUAAGUUGGUUUCUUGGUGUUAGCUUGGUGAGCUAGCAAAGCACCAUUGUAUUUGUGUUUGUUUUCUUCCAAGACUUCAGGUCCCUACUACUGUUCAUAAAUUGCCAGAUCGACUGGGGAGGGGAUGGAUUUUUAAAAGUUCCACAGUUAUUUGAAGAAAUGUAUAAAUAAAAUUACUUUGAGGACUUUACCAAGUAAA